AUGGUUCGUCUUUUGGCAACAGUUCUUCGAUCCUCUCGGGCUGCUGUGCCUUCAGCUCGCCCUCUCUAUUCCCGUGGUUACUCCGUUGCGAGCGGUGCCGCCGAAGAUGCUGCUUCCCUCGGACCGACCCCAAAAAAAGGGCCCCCAGGGGGUCUACAUGAACCUAUCCGAAAUUUAAUGGAUCCCCCAGAGCCCCAAGCUCGCAAUACCCAGCCCUCCACACCCUCAAUAGGGCGUCAAGGCAUCAGAAUCCGAACCGGGAAGGGGGAUGUCUCGGCCAUGCAUUAUCUGCUACGCGACGGCUGCAAAUGCCCGCAAUGUGUAGACCAGCACUCGAAGCAACGCAACUUCCGCAUGUCCGACAUCCCCACGGAUAUCAAACCACGCUCCACAGAGUGGGACGGCAGCGUCCUGAAAGUGAAAUGGGAGAACGACAUCCCCGGAUUCGACGAGUCGCACACCUCCACGUACACCCUGAAUCAACUACGAAACCCCUCCGCAAACUACUCCUACCAUAGCACCGGCCGGAAGAGAAAGCGUCUGCUGUGGCACAACUGGUUCCAGCACCGCUUCGUCUCCUACGAAGAGUACAUGCACGACGACGAAGCGUUCUCCAGCGCCAUGCGCAAUCUCGCCCGGACGGGUCUACUCUUCGUCAAGGACAUCCCGGACUCCCGCGCCGAGGUCGAGAAGCUCGCGACCCGCAUGGGGCCCCUCCGAAAUACCUUCUACGGUUCCACGUGGGAUGUCCGCACCGUCCCCGAGGCCAAGAACGUCGCCUACACGAGCCAGUUCCUGGGCUUCCACAUGGAUCUGAUGUACAUGAACGAGCCGCCGGGUUACCAGCUCCUACAUUGUCUCCAGAACUCGUGCGAUGGCGGCGAGUCGCUGUUCGCUGACUCGUUCGCCGUCGCUAGACAGCUUAGCAUCGAUGAUCCGGAGGCUUUCAAGGCCCUGUGUAAUCUCCGACUUUCCUAUGAAUAUAACCAUGAAAAUGAUAUUUAUACGAACGAUUGGCCCGUGUUCCAGACUUAUGUGGAUGAGUACACGCAGCAGCAGCGGCUGAUGCACGCCAACUACUCCCCGCCCUUCCAGGCCCCAAUGCACGGACAGCGCCGUCCAUUUAACCGUACCAUGAGCGAGAUGCGGGCCUUGGAUAAAUUCGCCAAGAUGUUGGAGGACGAGAAGUAUAUCUACGAGCUGAAACUGAACCCGGGCGAGUGUGUGAUCUUCGAGAACCGCCGGGUGCUGCACGCCCGAAGGCAGUUUAAUACCGCUACUGGCCAGCGCUGGCUCGCUGGUGCCUAUGUGGAUGAGGACGCCGUGUUGUCCAAGUUCGCGACGUCGGCCCGUAAAUACCCGCACUUGUGGCGCGACAGCCCGAGCAAACCAUCUCGGAAAGAGGCCGAGGGAGAGGGUCAAGUUUAG